CCGAAUGAGAAUAUACAAAACUCGAAUCCAAACAUCCGGAAACAAUACGGAUAAAAUCGAUACUGUAAAGCUCCGUUUCAAGUGGAUAAAGCGCCAACGAACCAUUCUUCUUCUUCUUCAACCUCUGGAGUUUUUCUUUUCAAGAAUCGCCUAUACAUAAAUGGCGGCAGCUGCAGUUACUUGCUUCGCUCUUUCUUCUAAGUUCGGAAAUCUUUCCCUUAAUGGUUUUUCCUCCUCUAUUCCCGCUGCCCCAUCUUCUUCCACCCUCAGAUCUCUCAGUUUCUCCUCCAACAUUUCACUUUCCGCCUUCUCCAAUGGGUGUCUGUCGAUGAGGAAAACUGAGAGGAUGCAUCGUUACUCUGUGGUCUGCGAGGCCGCUCCUAAGACCAAAGCUGAUUCUGCUGCCAAGAGGGCUCGGCAGGCUGAGAAAAGACGGAUUUACAAUAAAGCCCGGAAGUCUGAAAUUAAAACCAGGAUGAAGAAGGUUCUGGAAGCUUUAGAUGGUCUCAAGAAGAAAGCUGAAGCACAAUCAGAGGAAGUCCUUCCAAUUGAGAAGCUUAUGGCAGAAGCGUACUCCGUGAUCGACAAAGCCGUGAGAGCGGGCACGCUGCACCGAAAUACUGCAGCGCGUCGAAAAUCUCGGCUCGCCAGAAGAAAGAAAGCUGUAGAAAUCCACCAUGGCUGGUACACCCCGGAUUCACCAGCGGCUGCCUGAUGCGCUCUCUAUUGAGGAAUGAAUGUGGAAGAUCAUUCUAUUCUUUUUUGACGUAGAUAAAUGUCAACCUUUUUUUUUCAUCUAUUUCCUUUACUUUUGUAUUUAGUUCGAACCUUUUUCUAUGUCAACCGUUUAAGUUUCACUUCUAUUUCA